UGACGCUUUGGUGAAGUGUCGGUGGGUGACACGUGUUGUGCGGCGCUGUGCUGCACUGAACGAAUCCAAUCCGUUUUGAUGGCGAGGGCUGUGGAACGCUUGCGCACGGCUUCGAAAGCCUGGCGAUUUGUUGCUUCGUCAACCCGUUUCGGCGAUGGCUGCCACGUGGACCACGUGGAUCACGUGGAUGCCCAUCGUAGUCCAGAGUUGAUGGGAUCGGCCGUUCCAUCUGUCGGAACAGAUCACUUAAGCGCGGGAAAGCUACUAGGCGCAGAUUAUUUAAGCGCGGGAAAACUACUAGGCGCAGAUAAUUUAAGCGCGGGAAAGCUGAGAGGCGCAGGUAAUUUAAGCGCGGGAAAGCUUAUAGACGCAGCAGGUAUAUCCCGCAGCAGCGUCGUCCCUCGUUCAUCUUCCUCACCUCUUACGCCGACGUCAAGAGGUGCUGAACGAGUCACAGAAGGGACCAGGUACAGAAUGAGCGACUACAUGGCGGGCUUGUCCGCCUCCGCCUCCGCCUCCGCCUCCGCCUCCGCCGGCGGCGGUAUCGCUACCAAGGGGAGUCGUACGUCUCCCUCCGCGUUUCUCGAUUUGCCCGGAAUGCCCGGAAUGGUGUCGGGAUCGGGACUCGGACGCACCUCGCCCUCCCUCAGCGGUUACUCGAUUGCGGUCCCGAUCUUCACGGCAGCUGCAGCAGUGGACUGCGCCCCCGCGGAUGCGUCCUCCAUAGCAGCUAGCGUUUGUUGUCAUCACACCUGUCCUUCGUCUUCGUUCCCUCUGCUGCUCCAGUUCCCCGGUCGGCCGAUCAUGGAGGCCGCCGUAGCCAAGAGCUGUGCCGACGAAGCAGCGUCCUCUUCAUAUCGACCUGAAGAAGCGGGAGCGAGAGUAGCCCCAUCUUCUGGGAGUGACAUCACCUCCUCCUCCUGCGGUCAGCCUCAGAACGAUUUGUACUGCUGGGACACCCCAUGGAUGUAUCCAUGGGCACAGCCAACUCCUUGUCGGGGAAAGUACGCUGAGGACAUGGGAGGCUCCUUGACAGGCGCAUAUUGGGCAGUGUUCACCUUGGCAGUGGGAGGAGGCGUUCUCUCUUCAUUGGACAACCGACCCGAGGGAGCAGAAGGGGGUGAGCAAGGGUCAGGCUGCUGGACGCCACCCAGCCGGCGUGUGUAUUGUCAGCCAUCGCCAUCCAUAGCCGAAGUUGUGGAGGACACGGAUCAGGACACGCCACCAUCGCCGGGAACGCACGAGCGACCUCGACCGGAGUCAGGUUUCAUCCCGACGGAUGGAAGCGCGGGCCGUGGCCCGAGCUCGGACCUUGGCUCAGAGCGUUGCAUCACGCCUGCGCCCUUCCCGAUCGCAGACGAUGAUGGCAUAUACCGCGAUGCGGACGUGCGGAGCCUGCUGCGGCGCACUGAGCCAAUCCACGUUUACAACCCGACUCAGGCGUGCCACAUAGGCGGGAGUGGGCUUGUGCCGAUUGAGCGAUUUGCAUCGCCGCCUUUAAUUUUGCCGUACAUCGACCUCACUGUCAAGGAGUGUAGAGCGCUAGCAAUGAAGGGUAAGCUGAAAUUCUCCGGCAGGGUCCCGCCGCUGGACCCUCAGGACCUCAAAUUCCCGCCCAUGCGUGCAUUUGAUCUCGAUAAAUGUGGAGACACAAGCUCCGGCAUGUUGCAGAAGGCAAUAAGGCAGCAGGAUAGAUUGGAUCUCAGGAAUGUGAGAAAGAUAUGGAGCGUAGGCAGGCCCUAUCUUAAGUGCAAAUGCAAGAGGGAGAAGAAUAAGGACUGUGGAGAUGCCCCUCUCUGGUUCGACCAUGCCCUCUGGUACCUGCUUGCGCACCCAGACGUGCUUUUCCUGGAUAUGUCCUCGAUCAAGAUCAGGACGUCGAUGUUGAUACAUUACCUUAGAACCUCAUGGAGGGAGGGUGUGCUUGCUGCCAUUAGUUUUCAUUUCAUCAGGGAUCUUAUGAUGGGAUACGUCAAGGAGCUUGAGGCAAAUGCGACCCUUGACGCGGAGGGCCUGCUGAAGGAUGAUCGUCUGGGGAACUAUCCGCUGCCCGCCCUACUUGCGCGAAUCAUGCUCCCUACACGAAUCCCGGAAAAGCCCACCAGAUUCCCGCUUAGUUCCCCGCGUUUCGCAGCGCAGAAGAGAAACGCUGCCGGGCACGGCAUCAUCAAUGUCGGGUUAAAUCACAUCCCGUGCAUGUCCCUAGAUGUAGAGGAGGCGCUGAAUGAGUUGGGUAUCUUCCUCGACAAGCUCAUGGCGGAAGUACUGGAGUUGAGGGAACUUUCGACAUCCACCCAGUCCUUUCUGCGGAGGGUGAUCUUGAAAAAAGCAAAGACGAAGAUGAUUAAGUACAAGGAGCAGCACAAAAACGUCUCGACCGAACCGUUCGAACACCUGGCGGUCAAGCGGGAGGUUGAGUUCCUUACGGGACGGUUUCUUAUCUGUCCGACGGAUAAGGCAGCGAGCACUCCUACCUAUGUUUGCAAGAACUUCAUUCGGAAGCUUGCUUUUCAGAGGCUACCUGGACCUGAAUUCGUGAGUGUUGCCUCUUCCCCUGCUUCUGUCAUCACGAGAAUGCAAGGUGAGCUAUCUGCCCUACAUGUGCUAUCGGAAUCUCGUGCUGCGCUCCCGUACUUAAUGACGGUCUUCAAAGCGCACAAGCGGACGUUUCGCUGGAUUACUAACACUGCUGGGACCGUGGUUUCCCCUGCGGCGGAGCUGUGCGAGUGCCUGUUGCGGUUUUUCUUGCCCCUGGUGCAAACUUUAUGUCUGGAGAGGAGCAUGGAGGUGGAAGCGCGGCAUGGUGUCAAGCCAAACAUGUGGUGGUCCACUACCUCGGUGGAUACGGGUAAUGCGCACUUGAUCCUGUUCUUCUCGGACACAUUCCGAUACAUCGACGAUCUGGGUGCGAUCAAUAAUGCGAUUAUCAAUAGCUUUAUGAGACGGAAGGAGGACAGGGAGGAGAAUGAUCCAUGUUGGAUCUAUCCGAACGAGUACAUCGAAAUUAAGGAGAAUACGGAAGUCACCGACGAUGGGUGCGAGCGAAAAGCCAACUUUCUCAGCGCAACCAUCACGAUUACCUCUCCAGAGGCGGGGACGUACAUCACCUCCAGGCUUGACAGACGCGUGGGGUUGGGUUUUGUGCCCUGCAGGUUCAUGCAGUACAAGUCCAAUAGGAGCGCCAAGCAAGCGCUACAGAUUAUCACCGCCCAAGUCGCGCAAGUUUUUCUUCUGUGCUCGGAAUUGGAUGACGCGACUGAGCAGAUCAACAAAGUGGUUGCUGUGAUGGGGGGCAACGAGUUCGCCGAGGACGCUUGCUGGGAGGUGGUGAGGAGGGCGCUGCGCAACGCCUACCGCUAUCAACCUGGCCUGUGCACAUGGUAAGGGAGGCGCUGACACGCUUGUUCGGUUUCUCUGACUAACAUUGUUUGGUGGGGUUGCUGCCCGCUGCUAUGUUCCACUUGGGGACAGUCUGCCUUCAACAAGGGUCAAAGGGUGCAUGACCCAAACCAUUAA